AUGUUUAAGAGACAAUUCUCGACGUCACUGGGCAAUUUGAAACACUAUGGUGAUUCCAUACUGAAGAAAUAUUAUUCACCUGAAUUAUUGAAUUCAAUUAAGUUAGCCCAAAGUGUUAUUCCGACGAAGCCAGAUUUUAAAGUCUCAAGUAAUGUUAAAUUUCAUCCUCCAUAUUUGGAAGAUUUUAGUAAAAUAGACAGUUAUUGGGAUUAUAAACCGGGUUUACCACACGCACAUGUUAGUGAUGUUAAUGAAAUCAAUACAUUUGAAUGGGACAAAGUUCAUCAACAAUUGCCAGGUGAUGGUCUCAUAAUACCACCUGGUGUCUCAAGGAAUAUAGCAUCUGGCUCCGAUUCUGCCAAAUUAUCCGGCAGAACUUCAAAAACUAUGGAUGUUGCUUUAGGGUUGCAUAAGCAAUCUGGUUUAAAUAUUGAAUAUAUUACAAAAAAAUUAGAUAUGAAACCUUUAGUUACCAAGAGAGUCUCUAAUCAAACUGCAAAAGGUAAAAUUGCCUCGUUUUAUGCAUUGGUGGUUGUAGGUGAUCGUAAUGGUAUGGUUGGGUUAGGUGAAGGUAAAUCAAGAGAAACUAUGUCGAAAGCUAUCUUUAAGGCACAUUGGGAUGGUGUCCGUAAUUUGAAAGAAAUUCCAAGAUAUGAAAAUCGAACAAUUUAUGGUGACAUCGAUUAUAGAUAUCAUGGUGUUAAAUUAUUUUUAAGAAGUGGUAGACCAGGUUUUGGUCUAAGAGUUAAUCAUAUAAUAUAUGAAAUUUGUGAAUGUGCAGGUAUUAAGGAUUUAAGUGGUAAAGUUUACAAAUCGAGAAAUGAUAUGAAUGUUGCCAAAGGUACAGUAGAAGCCUUAUUAAAUUCGCAAAAGACUCUGGAUGAAAUUGCAUUAGGUAGAGGUAAAAAAAUUGCUGACGUCAGAAGUAUUUAUUACUCAAGUUAA